AAAAAUGGAAAUGCAACAAGCAGCUUAGUUUCUUGUUUUUGAGUAGUGGAAGUUACACUCACCAAAGGCUUGCGAACAUUUCUGGAUAAAGCACUGGCUGGCUUGUUCAUCCCUGUAUGGUCAAUCGUUGUGUUUCUGCAGGACCAAAGGAGCAGAGUGGUUAGUGAAGAAUGCUGUCGGAAGGGUACCUCAGUGGACUUGCCUACCAGAACAACAUCCCCUGGAGCUGCGCAUCUUAUAAUGAGAGCGUGGUGGAGGAAAGGGAGGAAGAGACAAACUCUGCCGCUCUCUCCUGCUCCUCUGUGGACGAAACACAAGUCGGAAGUCUCUACCUGAGCUGCAAAUCCUCUGGCAAGUUCAUUUCUCCAGUGCAUUCGAGAGAGAGCCAACACAGUAGAGAUCAGAGACUCACCGUGCUGCAGACAAACCCCAACCCUGUGUUUGAAAGCCCAAACUUGGCUGCAGUUGAAAUAUGUAGAGACCUCAGCAGAGAGACCUACUUGGUUCCACCUUCCUGCAAAAGUAUUUGUAAGAAUUACAAUGACCUACACAUUGCAGGGGGCCAGGUGAUGGCCAUUAAUUCCGUGACAACAGAUUUUCCUUCCGAGGGCAGUUUUGAAUACGGCCCUUUGCUGAAAUCAUCGGAGAUUCCUUUGUCGAUGCAGGAUUCCAUCUCUACUCAGCUCAAUGACUUUCCCCCAAAACCUAUCCAGCGGUAUUCGUCCUACUGGAGAGUAACCAGCAUUAAGGACAAAAGCAGCCUGCAAAUGCAGAAGCCGAUUUCUAAUGCUGUGCUGAACGAGUACCUGGAACAGAAGGUGGUGGAGUUGUACAAGCAGUACAUUAUGGACACUGUGUUUCACGACAGUUCUCCUACCCAGAUUCUGGCAUCUGAACUCAUCAUGACAAGUGUGGACCAAAUUAGCCUCCAAGUGUCUAGAGAGAAGAACCUGGAGACCUCAAAAGCCAGGGAUAUAGUCAUUAGCCGCCUGUUACAGUUGGUGUCCACUGAAAUCAGCACUCCUAGCCUCCAUAUUUCACAGUAUAGCAACGUGAAUCCGUAA